GACAAAGACAGUGUCCGUCUCGUCAUCAAUCCCCAAUACUACCGCAUGGUGUCGAUUGGAACUGGACAGCGCAAGCGCAACAGCACCCGCCGGGUCACCCUCUCAAAAGCAGGCUUUCUCAAACGCAUAUCCAGCAACAACAGCCACGGUGUCAGUGACAUGGGCGCCAUCAGCAAGUUCCAGAAUGCUUUGCGACAGAAGAGCGCCAAGAGGGCCAACUCCAAGCGUUCUGCAGCUGCCCGCAACACACGUGAUCCUCCCCGACCAGUCACCAAGUCUGGCACAGCAGGUCAUGCUAAUGAGGCUGCUGAGCAAGACGUGUCCCUUGAAGACCAUCAAGAUGAUGAGGAUGAAUGGGUUGGGUAUGAUGAUGUAGAGAUGGUUGAUGCCGAGGACAGGAUGGACAACCAAGCUCUUGAAGCUGACGAAGAUGAUGCAGCUGAGGAGUUGGAGAUUGAAUGGGCUAUGGGAUCGGAUCACAUGGAUGAGGACAUGGACUCAGAUUGA